AUGGAGCACACAUCAGACGCUAGGCUUCUUAGGAUCUUAAACGACUUUAAUGAGUCAAAGAUCAUUCUUGUGGAAUGGGAAACUCCUCUGCUUCGUCGGCUAGGAGUUCCUCUUGCACCUAAGGAGGAUUUACUAUUCCUUGUCCCGGAUGAACAGCUCCAUUUAGCAGACAACAUCGUCAAAGCCAGAGGCUUGCCAGUCGGUGAUCACUCGUUAUCCUAUCUCUCCGAGUUCGCGAACCAAGGCUUUCGCUAUGUUUUCGACGAUCCGAUCAGCCGCUUGAUGCUCGUACCUCUUUCUUGGACUGGCAUAAAGCAAGAGGAGCUUAUAGCGAUUGAACCCGCCAGCUCGAUCCCUCCGUGCACCACCUUGACAGUGCCAUUGCCAUACUUUUGUACAGCCUAUUUGCGUAUCAUAAUGCAGGAGGAGGCUGGGAGCAUGGUUCGUGUUAUGGCAAUUGCAGAUCUUUCAGGCGUUAUUGCCUAUAGCAUGUUUGAUAUGACCUACGAAGGGAGCUAUAUGUCUUGUCCGGAGGAUAAUAUAGACGAAGCCGGAGAUGUUCUCACGGAUGGCGAAAAAGAGAAAAGAGCUGAGAAGGAGGCCUUGGAGAUGGAAAAUGCCCUUAAUAGCAUACGAGAAUGGCAUUUCACACCAGAAACUGAAUGGGCGAGAGAUAUUUUAAUCCGCUUAGUUUCUGGAACAUUACGAUAUGAACUUCUGCCUUGUAAAGGCCAAGAAUAA